AUGUCGACAAAGUCCAGCAACCCCGACCACAGGCGCUCGAUCACCGGCGUCAACCGUAACGGCCUCGCCCUCGGUAUCAAGCGCGGACACCAGACCGAGCAGCGCAACGUCGCUGAGCGUCCCUCGCGAAGGAAGGGCCGUUCCAGCCAGAGGAACACUCUCGUCAAGUCCGUCGUCCGUGAGGUCGCCGGCUUCGCCCCUUACGAGCGUCGUGCUCUCGAGCUGAUCAGGAACUCCAAGGACAAGAAGGGCCGCAAGUUCCUCAAGGCCCGCCUGGGCACGUUGCGUCGCGCCAAGGGCAAGAUGGAGUACCUCACCAACGUCGUCGCUGAGCAGAGGCGUACUGGUCACUAAGUGCGGCGCCGCCAACCCAGGCGUGCUGUUCAGUUGUUCUCCC